AUGUUAGAAACACGUUCGGCUGUUUACAAGAUGAUAAAAGCGGCGCGCGAUGACAGACAGAUCGAUAAUUGGCCACCACCAUUUUCAUCAUAUAUGACGGAAUAUAAUGAAAGAGAUUUUGAUAGAAUUGUUAAACGUUCGUGCAAAACAAAGGGUUUAACUUUAAAAAUCUCCAAAGCAAUUGUAAUUGGAGAUGUUUCUGUUGGAAAAUCGUGUUUAGUAAAUCGGUUUUGUCACAAAGUAUUUGAUAAUAACUAUAAAGCAACAAUUGGAGUAGAUUUUGAAGUAGAAAGGUUUGAUAUUCUCGGUGUGCCUUUUCACUUACAAAUAUGGGAUACUGCUGGUCAAGAAAGAUUUAAAUCCAUAGCUGCAUCUUACUACAGAAGCGCAAACGUGAUCAUAAUUGUUUUCGAUUUGGCCAAUUUGAUAUCUUUAGGACACUGUCAACAAUGGUUAAACGAAGCCGCUCGAAGUAACGCAAGAUCAUACCAUAUAUUUUUAAUAGGCACAAAACGAGAUUUACUGUCUAAUCAGGUAUAUGGAAUAAUGGAAAAACGAGCUGCCGAGGUGGCGCGAAAAAUGGGAGCUGAAUUUUGGGCUGUUUCUGCUCGAACAGGAGACGGAGUAUCAGAACUAUUCAAAAGAGUAGCUGUGUUAUCUUUUCAUGCCAUGAUUUUGGAUGAAUCGCAAAAUAUGGAACCGAAAUCGAUUAACAUUGGCUCAGAUUUAAUAAUGCCCGCAUCGCAACCUAAAGCGAUAAAAAUGGUAGGUUCUCCGAUGCUGGAGAACGAGGACAGAGUCGACGUUCUUGACGAACCACUCUUCAGCAACCUUGAUAUUGUACUUCUCAGUGCUCUCUUAUUGGCCGCACUAUGGUGGUUGAUGCGCCGUAAUAAACAAGAAGAGUAUACGCCCGUCACAAAAUCCUACUCCAUUCAGCCAACGCUGUUUCCAGCAGUACAGCCAUCCGAAAAUUCGUUUAUCAAAAAACUGAAGACCUCCGGAAGAAGUUUGGUGGUGUUUUAUGGUAGCCAGACCGGAACUGCUGAAGAAUUCGCCGGUAGGCUGGCCAAAGAAGGUAUUCGGUACAAAAUGAAAGGCAUGGUGGCUGAUCCAGAAGAAUGUGAUAUGGAAGAGUUAAUUCAUCUAAAAACAAUUCCAAACAGUUUAGCAGUAUUCUGUUUAGCUACAUACGGAGAAGGUGACCCAACAGAUAAUGCUAUGGAAUUUGUUGAUUGGCUGAAAAAUGGUGAUGCUGACUUAAAUGGAUUGAAUUAUGCUGUGUUUGGCCUUGGAAAUAAAACUUAUGAACACUAUAAUGAAGUAGCAAUAUAUGUUGAUCAUAGAUUGGAACAACUUGGUGCUACACGUGUCUUUGAACUUGGCUUAGGAGAUGAUGAUGCUAAUAUAGAAGAUGAUUUCAUCACGUGGAAGGAUAAGUUUUGGCCAACAGUUUGUGACUUUUUUGGAAUUGAGGGUGCAGGUGAAGAUGUCAGCAUUAGACAAUAUAAACUUACAGAACAUGUUGAUUUAUUAACUGAACGCAUUUACACUGGUGAAAUAGCACGUCUUCAUUCUUUUAAGAAUCAAAGAGCCCCAUAUGAUGCAAAGAAUCCUUAUCUAGCUCCAGUAAAAGUUAAUCGUGAACUUCAUGGUCCAACUUCAGACAGGUCAUGUAUGCAUAUAGAGUUUGAUAUAGAUGGAUCUAAAAUGCGUUAUGAAACUGGUGACCAUUUGGCAGUAUAUCCUGUAAAUAAUGCGGAACUAGUAAAUAAAAUUGGAGAAAAAUGUGGUGCAAAUUUAGAUACAGUGAUCACUCUUACAAAUACAGAUGAGGAAUCUACAAAGAAACAUCCAUUCCCGUGUCCAUGUUCUUAUAGAACUGCUUUAACUCACUACUUAGAUAUCACUAGUAAUCCACGCACUCAUAUUCUUAAAGAGUUAGCAGAAUAUUGUAGUGAUUCAAACGACAAAGAAAAGCUUAAAUUAAUGGCAUUAACCAGUGCAGAAGGCAAAGCUGCUUAUCAGCAAUGGGUAGUUCAAGAAAAUAGGAAUAUUGUACAUAUUUUGGAAGACAUUUCUAGUUUAAAACCAGCCUUGGAUCAUCUGUGUGAACUUUUACCAAGAUUGCAAUGCCGCUAUUAUUCAAUUUCUUCAUCUCCUAAGCUACAUCCAACAUCGAUCCAUAUUACUGCCGUUGUAGUGGAAUAUAAAACUCCUACAGGCAGAAUUAACCAAGGUGUAACUACUAGCUGGUUAAAGGAAAAGCAUCCUUCAGAUCCGCCAUGUUAUGUUCCUAUCUUUGUGCGGAAAUCUCAAUUUCGUUUACCAACUCGAACGUCAACUCCUAUUGUUAUGGUUGGUCCGGGUACUGGUAUAGCACCAUUCAGAGGAUUUAUACAAGAACGUAAUCUCGCAAGAAAGGAAGGAAAAGAAGUGGGAGAUACAAUUUUAUACUUUGGAUGUAGAAAGAAAGAUGAAGAUUUUCUUUAUAGUGAAGAACUUGAAGAAUAUGUAAAGAGUGGUACUUUAGUGUUACAUACUGCAUUUAGUAGAGAACAAUCUCAAAAAGUGUACGUCACACAUUUAUUAGAAAAGAAUAAAGAUGAAUUGUGGAGAGUAAUUGGUGAACAAAAUGGACAUAUUUACGUGUGUGGUGAUGCGAAAAAUAUGGCACGUGAUGUGCAUAAUAUUUUAUUAAAAGUUGUAAUGGAAAAAGGAAACAUGUCAGAAUUAGAUGCCACAAAUUAUAUCAAGAAGAUGGACUCGCAGAAACGCUACUCAAGCGACGUCUGGAGUUGA